GGCCGGUGAUGCCCCCGGGGCUCCAGGGCACCCGCACUGGCUGCAUCUGAGGGGCCAGUAACUGCUGUUAAAAUGCUGUGCCGAGGGCCGGGGUGAGGCGCGCGUCCAAGAGGAGGGCCGUCUGGCAUAAUUUUUAUUUUUUUCAGUGACCUUUUUGUUAAUAUGGUGGCUUUCAUUUAUCAUUAGAAAGACUGUGUCCAAAUAAUGUAUUCUCCGCCUGGGUGAGGCUUAAGUGAAGCCCCCAGGCGCUUCCGCCUCAGCCUCCACCGUGGAAACCACGCUCGGGAAUCUGGUGUUUGCCGUCGUGUAUGUGUUUAUAAUCAAAGGAAUUCACGGACAGCCACCGCAUGGUGGUUAUAUUGACUGUUUUGAGUCAGACACUUGAAAAACAGCAAAUGCAAGAAAAACGCUGACAUUCUUUCUGUUUCUUAAAACCAAGAGAUGAAGUUGCCGUGUGAAAAAUGUCCUCCAAGUACCAGAAGGAAAGUAACAUUCUUACCAUCAUGGGGGAAAAGUUGAGAUCAAGAGAAUUUAGUACAAACCUUGUUAAAAUAGUCUCCCAUUAGCCUCUUUGCAUAGUUUAGUUAUUUUCCCGCAAUUGCCUCUCUUUGUUCAAUCUAAUAGAAAGGCGCAUAAAGUUUGCCAUUACUUUGUGUCUUCAUUCCUUAUGAAGGGUCCCAAGUCAGGUGAAACUUGUAUUAAAUACAUUUAGAAGCUUUUCUCCUGUUGAAUGCCAGUCAGACCCAGUUGGAAAAAAACCCAAGAGGACAAAGGUAAAAUUUUACCUUCCUAACACAAUCCUUGUAGCUGGCUUCAUGAUUUGGGAUUUCCUUAAUGUCUCUCUGCCCCACAGCUGUCCGAGAUGCUCUCACACAGGUACCUGGGCUUAAUUCAUUAAUUCUCACUCUACACGGUGUUAGAUUCUUUUGCUAAUGGCCGUUUAGAACGUUUCCAAUUCUUUGCUCUUACAAGCUUGUAAUAGCAUAUUGAACAUAUUAUAAACACACUAGCCUGAUGGGUGUGGAAUGGUAUUCAUUGUAAUUUUAAUUUUCAUUUCCCUACUUUUAGUAAGUUUGAGCUUCUUUUUAUGUAUUUUUGGGCCACUCAGUUUUCAUGUUCUGUGAAUUGCCUGUUCAUAUCUUUUGCCCAGUUUUCUAUUUCAUUGUGCUUUGUUCCCUACUGACAGGUAGAACUUUUAAUACUUUUGUGGUUACCAAUCUUUUGCCAGUUUGGUGCAUUCAUUGCAGAUAUUCAAGUCUGUGGCUCUAAGAGGGUGACAGCUUGAGCGUGUGCCAUCUACUUCCGUGGCUAGCAUCCUAGCGGGAUCCAGAGGAAACAACUCGCUGUCUUUAAUUACCAGGAAGCCUACACCCUGUUUUAUAACCAAGGGCUCCUUACAACCAACAGAGAGUCCAGACACAAGCAUUUAGGGAAUUGCCCAUAAGGGAUAGAAACAGUGCAGGUGAAAGCACAGCCCUGUUCCCUUACCCACAUUUCUAUUUUCAGUGAAAUGCUUGGUUUUCUCAUGGGUGGAGUGAGGCAGGGGCAGUCCCACAGGACUCCCAACAUGAAAAAGCAAGCAGGCAGGAAUUCCCCCCUGGUCCUGUGCUGUGUGCACCAGGAUGGAGAGUCGCAGUGCAGGCAGGGCAUGGAAGGAGGGCAGAGGGAAGCCCAGCAGGCCUGCACCUGUGGAUGAGUGCCUGGCGUGGCAGCACACCACCAUCCAGCUGCCUGCCACCAACGUCUACCUGUGCAAGGUGAGCCUUCCUGCCUUAUUGUGCAGGUAAGCAGGAGCCAAGACCCCCAGAGCUGGAAGGGACCAAUUGGCCCAUAUACUAAUUGCUGUGUACUGCCCUAUGCAGACACUGCUAAUCUAUCCUAGCUGUCUUUCUUCUGAGCCUGAAUGAAAGCUCAGAUUCCUUCUGAACACAGAGCCCCAGAGGGCAUCACUGAUAAAUGGCAUCUGGGGAGGGUGGAGAGGAAGCUGAGGAGGCUUGGAGGGGCCCAAUAUAAGUGCCCCCUCUCUUUCUGGCCCAGUGUCUCCUACCCGACUUCUCUAGGCAGCCUGUGGAUGCCAAGUGGCUGGAGUGGCUGCUGGGGAAGCUGACACUGUCUCUGCAGCACUUGGAUUGGGAGGUCCUGGCAGCCAAACCCUUCCUGGCCACCAAGCAGUUCUCCCUGGCAGAUCUGAUGGACUCAAAGAGCUGAUGCAAUUGCAAUUCAGGACAAGGUGAUCUGUGAAUACCCCCAGUCUCUGCUUCUGGAACCCUCCUGGGUGAGUCAUCAUCCCUGGACCCAGCAAAGCCCCUUCAGUCACAUUCUGCGUUGAAGGCCUGGCCCAGGGAACUCCCACGUGUAAACUGUUCUCAGACCCAGGCCAGGGACACAUAUGGGUGCCCCCAGGGAGGGGAAGGACAGGGUCACAGCCACCCCCCACCCCCUGGCCCCGAUCCACAGGCCUCUCCCCAGCCCACUCCUGGCCUCCUCAGAAUCCUGGUGCUGCGAGAAUUCCAGGCUUCCCAGCCUCAUGACAGCACCAAGUGAACAAGAGGUUCCAGAACGCGGGGUCCUGGGCCUGGGCUGGUGGGCACAGGGCCAGGGUGCAGGCUGCAUAUCAGCUCAGGUUGGGUGUCUGCCAGCCGUGGCUGGGGCCCUACUUGUGUCUCCAUGGGCCUGGAGCUCUACCUGGACCUGCUGUCCGCCUCCUGCCGUGCCGUCUACAUCUUUGCCAAGAAGAACGGCAUCCCCUUCGACUUCCAGUUUGUGGAUCUGCUGAAAGGCCACCAUCACAGCAAGGAGUACAUCGAGAUCAACCCCCUGCGGAAGCUGCCCAGCCUCAAAGAUGGAAAAUUUAUCUUAUCUGAAAGCGUGGCCAUCCUCUUCUACCUGUGCCGCAAGUACAGCACACCCUCGCACUGGUACCCGCCCGACCUGCACACACGCGCCCGCGUGGACGAGUUCAUGGCCUGGCAGCACACGGCCAUCCAGCUGCCUAUGAACAAGAUCCUCUGGAUCAAGCUGCUGAUCCCAAUGAUCACGGGCGAGGAGGUUCCUGCUGAGAAGACGGAGCAGAUGCUGGCAGAGGUGAGGAACAACCUGCAGUUCUUCGAGGAGAAGUUUCUGCAGGACAAGAUGUUCAUCACCGGAGACUGCAUCUCCCUGGCCGACUUGGUAGCUCUGGUGGAGAUGAUGCAGGUGUGCAGGGGGCGAUGGGGGCCCUGGUCAGUAUGCAAGGUAGCCACUUUGGUCCCUGGUCCGUGCGCAGUGCAGACCUGCACCGGGAAAAAAUUCCAGUUUUUCUGUCCAAGGAGGUGCAACCCCUUAAUUGUCAACCCCCACCCCUUCUGCUUUGCCCACUCCCACCCCAUGUGGGAUAUCUCCCAGAUAUCCUGGCUGCAUGUGUCAUAGGCUGCCUCCUGGGUCUCUUGUUCCAGCCCUGUGCUUGAUCACAGAGGGAGGCUCAACACAGGAGACAGAUAACUGAAUUCCUCCCACCCUCAUCUGGGGACAAGGGGUUUUCCUGGAAGAAGGCAGGACCCCAUGGGAGGUUUCAUGCUGGAGCAGUGGAAACCCCCUGAGUAAGGGUCACCUCCAAGAUGGAUUCAGGAGCCUUGGAGCAAGACCAGUGACUGAGAGUCCUGGGGGAUCCUGGAUCUUUCAUCCCCACCCCUCAUCUAUUACACAGCCUGCGACCCCUGACCCAGGAC